GUUGAAAAUUUGAAAACUAUUAAUAUUGUGAUACAAAUGCUUACAAUUUUGGUUUUCGAUCGUAAUAAAUCGCAGAAAAUCCACAGACUAGAAAUGUCUUCUUUAGUGAAAUGAACAAUCAAACCGAAUAAUCAUCAUGUCAGCAUUUAAUUCUAGUGGGCCCGCGGAGAUAUUGAGAGCGGAACAAAAAGACGAGGAACUUUACGAACGAAUUAAUCAACAGCUAUGUGGAUUUCUUCUAAAAUUCAAAGGACAUGUGUUUAUAAACAAAAAUAAACAGAACAUCUUUUGCACGUCUCAAUUGCUGUACUACGCACUUACAACAUUGUCCAAGCUCCAAACACUGGGCGAAGAAUAUACAAAAAUUGUUCAAGUUGGAAAAACUGGAAAACAUGUUCCAGGACUUAUGCAAAGCACUGGUAUGAUAUUAGCUCACGUAUUUGGUGACAGACUUAUCAUCCUAGCUUUGGAUCGUUUGGUCGAUAAUGUUCGACAUAACAAAUCAAUAACGAGGCAGGCCAAAGAUCAAAUCAUACAAGUCGCAACAACAGUCAAAUCUCUGGUUCCACUGUUACAAAGCCUAAACAGAGUGCUAUUUUACUGGAAUGGUUCCUUUUAUACAUGGGCCAAACGUUUUUUCCUCAUUAAAUAUAUUUAUGCAGUCCCAUGGUACCACCCUAAACGGCCUUUACACGUGUUUAAAAUUCUUAGUGUUUUGACUGCCAUCCAUUUGAGUGUGCUCAUGAUCAUGGCUCUGUUUAAAACGCCAAAAGUACAAAUAAACGAGGAAGAACAUUCCAGUCAGUCGAUUCAAUUGGACAGUAGCUGUAAAUGUUCCCUUUGUUUAGAACAAAGAAAAAACACCUCACUUUCAUUUUGUGGACAUCUGUUUUGUUGGUAUUGUAUUCAUGAAUGGUUACAAACUAAUGAUUUUUGUCCAAUAUGCCGCAAAGCAUUAAAUCCUAGAAUGGUGGUGCCUUUACAAAAUUUUAAUUAAGUAAGCUGCGGGCAAAUUUAUAGUACAAUUGACCGUUUAAUUAGGAAAAAGGGAAACAUUAUUGUGAUAAUAUUUUAGGUGAUUAGUAAUUUUUAUUGUAUUUGAUAAGAUAUUUUUUGUAUGAUCUAAAAAGAGUAACUUAUUGUCCAAUUAUUUUGAUUACUCGGUGAAUAAUUAAAUUGUUUUGUUAUUGGUAUUUUUGUUGAUGGUUUAAUUUUAUAAAAAACAAAUUACAACAGAUUAAUGUGUUAA